GGAGGUUUGGACCGCAGUGAGGCCAGCUGGCUCGCACAGACAAGUGGGUGGGGAGAUCCAGAUAUUCUUGUUGCACCUUCAAUCUUGAAAUUCAUGGGAUGGGCUACAAGAAAAGAGAUGGGCUGGCUUUCCUGAAGCAUUUACGAACAGGGACACUGAAACUUCCUGCAAGUUCAUUCCUUGCUAAAGAUGAGAGGACGGACAUACAGCCACUGUUUCAUAGAGUGUGUGUUUGUAUCCAAAUUCUCAUCAUUUUCUGUGAUUUGCCAUGGAGAAGAUCUCAGUGUCAACAUUCUUGCUCCUUGUCGCCCUCUCUUACACACUGGCCAAAGAUAUCACAGUCAAAUCAGGAGCUAAGAAGGACACAAAGGACUCGGCACCCAAACUGCCCCAGACCCUCUCCAGAGGUUGGGGUGACCAACUCAUCUGGACGCAGACAUACGAAGAAGCUUUAUACAAAUCCAAGACAAGCAACAAACCCUUAAUGAUUAUUCAUCACUUGGAUGAAUGCCCACACAGUCAAGCUUUAAAGAAAGUGUUUGCUGAAAAUAAAGAAAUCCAGAAAUUGGCAGAGCAGUUCGUCCUCCUCAAUCUAGUUUAUGAAACAACUGAUAAACACCUUUCUCCUGAUGGCCAGUAUGUCCCCAGAAUCAUGUUUGUUGACCCAUCCCUGACAGUUAGAGCUGACAUCACUGGGAGAUACUCGAAUCGCCUCUACGCUUAUGAACCUUCAGAUGUAGCGCUCUUGCUUGACAACAUGAAGAAAGCGCUCAAAUUGCUGAAGACUGAAUUGUAGAGAAAAAGCAACAUCUGAAGCUUUUCCUUCUGUGUCAGGCCUUGAGACUUAAGAAGAUCCUAGAAGACUUUGGAGAAUGCAGGAACACAGAUGGACACACUGAUUAAUUAGAUCAGGGUUAUUGUUACAACAGUUACUUUUUUUUUAAUUUGAAGUAUAUAUGUAUGAAAACAAUCUUGCAUAUUACCAUAGUCAGCCAUGAUUUUUUUAAAAAAUAAUAAAUCCUUUUGGGGGUGUUCAAUGUUA